AAUCUUGGGAAAAUAAAAAGUUUUAAAAUGUCGGAAAAAAUAAGGUUUACUCCAUUUAUGAGACAGUGCCUUGUGGCUGCAGCCGUCAGCAUCAACAUGGUAGGUUUCGGCUGCACCGCCGGUUUCCCUGGCAUCAUGCUACCGCAACUUCAGGAGCCAGGGUCUACCAUCAGCGUUACCAAGGACCAGGCUUCUUGGCUAGCCUCAGUGGGGUCCAUCACGCUGGUCUUCGGCACAUUCAAUGUGCCAUCAAUAAUGUCUCGUUAUGGACGAAAGGUGGCGCUGUACGCAGCCACCGUAGUUUCGAUCCUGGCCUGGUGCUGCUACAUGCUGGCUACCAGCUAUGGGGUCCUGCUACUAGGCGCGAUGGCACAUGGCUUCUCCUUCGGCAUGAUCGCUCCAUUACGCUCCAUCUACGUGGGUGAAUGCUCAAGCCCGCGCUACCGAGGCGGUCUACUCGCCAUCUGCAUCGAAUCCCAGAUCUUCGGUGUCCUAAUCGUCCAUCUAACCGGAUCUUUCAUCAGCUACCAACUAACUGCUCUUUACUCCAUGUCCUUCCCUGUUAUUAGUCUAGUUAUAUUCAUAUACUCCCCUGAAUCUCCAAGUUGGUUAGCCACAAAAGGACAGUAUGAUAAAUGUAGACAGAAUUUUCUUUGGUUGAGAGGAGAAGAAGAAAUCCCGGAGUGUGAAGACAUGAUACAAGCUGCUAACGUUCUGCAAAAUAGCAGUCUAAGUACGGUUAAAGAAAUCAUAGAGGUUGUCAAAAAAAAGGAGUAUUUUAAGCCUAUUAUUGUCAUGUUCGCGCUAUAUAUUAUAAUUCCAUGUACAGGAGGCCUGCCAACAGCUAUUUAUGGGGUUACUAUAUUAAAGAUUCUAAUGGGUCCUGAAGUUAAUGCUAAUCUCUGGAUGGUAGGUUUAGAUUGCGUGAGAGUCGUUACAACUGGUAUCACUGUAUUUGUUAUAAAUAAAGUUAAGAGGAGAAAAUUGUUGUUUAGUGUCGGGUCUUUGUGUGUUGGAAGCCAAAUUUGUCUGGGAGCUUACAUGAUACUGAGAAAUAACGGUUUAAUACCUUUAAAUUUGUGGAUACCUGGUGUUUUGAUCAGUGUGCAAAUGCUGUCGAUAUCUUUAGGGAUGCAACCGCUUCCAGGAGUUAUAGCUGGGGAGGUAUAUCCUUUGCAACAUAGAGGUCUUGCAGGAAGUAUAGGAUUGAUAAUGCUGAGUAUAUCUGUGUUUUCUGUACUUAAGGGGUAUAUGAGUUUGAUCUCAAUGAUCGGUCUGGAAGGGAUCUAUUUUUUAUUCUCUUUGGUUAUAACCUUUUGUUUGAUGGUAGUGUGGGUGUUGCUUCCAGAGACAAGUGGUAGAACCCUGCAGGAGGUUGAGGAUCACUUCAGGGCCCCGCUGUUGGAGGCUGAUGAGAGGCAACCGUUGACGCGAUCAGUGACAGCUAGCUAUUUGUCCAUUAACGAAAAACGAUGUGUGCGUGUGUGAUUGAGUGCAUGUGUGUGUGUAUAUAUGUGCAGCAAUACCUAGUAAUAGGUAUUACUGCAUAUGUAAGUAAUUCUGUAAUUGUAUUUAAGUCAAAGAAGAUAUGCUCUAGGGCGUUGUUAAUAU